AUGGAACUGGUUGGAAUUUGGCCAGAACCGAGCAGAUCUGAUCAACGAUGGCCGAAUUUCAAGGCUUUGCUGUUCAUUUUUGUGAUAAUAUUUUUUGGAACCGGACCUCAGAGCGUGAAUCUACUUUUCAUAUGGGGAGACCUUGGAUUGGUCACGGAAAAUCUGUCCACGGCUAAUAUUCCCGGCAUAAACGCCAUGAUGAAACUGAUUAUCGCCUGGCAUCACAGAGAUGCUUUCAAGCCCGUUAUAAAAUCCUUCUACGACGAUUGGAAAACCUCAAGGACCAAGGAGGAGAAGGAGACCAUGUUGAAGAGAGCCAAAUUUGCGAAACAAAUUUCCAUCUGGUGCUCAGUAUUAACCUUGACCAUGGUCACUGUUUAUCUAAGUCUUCGAGCGUGGAUCAUCUACCAGCUUGAUAGGGCAAACCAGAAACAGGAUCGUCUGCUCCUGUACCCUGGCUAUUUUCCCUUCGAUAUUCGUCCAAUAGGGGUACUACUGUCGACCAAUUUUGGCCAAGUGCUCGCAGCGUAUUCCGCUGUUAUCAGUUACACCACCGUGGAUACAUUUAUCGCGAUGCUGAUAAUGCACAUAUGCGGACAAUUUGAGAUACUGAGACAGAAAUUACGAAGGCUGAUGGAUGACGAGAAGAAGACCAGAAGCGUGGAUGAGAUUCAGAAGGAGCUGGUUUUGAUCAUAGAGAGGCAUGAGCAUCUAAAUUGGUUCGCAACUAUGAUCGAGGAUUGUUUCAACACAUUGCUAUUAAUUCAGAUGCUGCUCUGUACCGUCGAAAUAUGCUUUCAAGGCUUUUUAUUCUUCGAUAGCAGAGAAAUGAGCAAUUCCGCUUACGAGUCAAACUGGUACAACGUCUCACCUCCAGAAGCCAAGUGCCUUUUAUUUAUCAUGCACAGAACCGCUCGUCCACUUUGCUUGACUGCAGGAAAAUUCAGUACCUUCUCCAUGGAAAUGUUCAGUACUAUUCUGAAAACAGCAAUGGGAUAUCUUUCAGUUCUCCUCACAGUUACAGGUAGCGAUUGAACUUCUUCA